AUGGAGAAACACUCCAUGCGUCACCUGCUGUGGACUGCACUGUUCUUGUUGUACUGCAGCUGCGGGUGUUUGGCUACUGUUGUGCAGCAGUUACCACAAAAAGGACAAAGUGGUCUACAGGCAUACACCGUCUCUACUGCUACUGAUGGGAAAGAAGGUGACUGGCAACCCAUCCGCAUUGCUGUGUACACAAAACGUGUGGAAGAUGUGCUGAACUUUUGCGGAAAAAACAAAUUGCCGCCUGAGUACUACGAAGAGUUUCUCGACCCUCAAGAGUUAGAAGAAGAAUUUGAAGAGCUUUGUGGUGAUGAUGGGCGUAAAAAGAUGAUGAUAAAGGAGAAGAAGGAUAUUCUUUUGGAUAAAGUCUUGCCUAAAGCUGUAAAAUUGCACGCAGAUCGCCUUAAGGUGAAACAGGUGAAAGAAAGUCUAAAGAUCGAAAGUGACACUGUAACCGAACUUCCAGAAGAGUGUGAAGCUUUUGGCAUCCCCCAAAGACAUAAAGAGAAAGGUAUUCCUGAUGCUGAUUUUGUGAUUUAUGCUUUGCUCACAUCCAGUACUAGAGACGUUAAGAUUUGCAGUAAAGAUGGCGAAGGGAGACCAACGUCUGCUGUCAUCAAAUUCAUCCUGCAGGAUAUAGAAGCAACACGGAAGUAUAUUCGCUUUACUACACAUGAGAUUGCACAUGGACUCGGGUUUCAACAUGAGUUUAUGGACAAUUUGACAAUGAUAGAACCCAGCAACAGUUAUCUGGAAUCUAAAGGAGUCUCGGUCCGUGUAAACACUCCCCGUAUUUUGAGAUUUAAAAAUUCUGUCGACAUGCUGAAGAAUCAUUACGGUUGCGAAAAUGGUGAAAUAAAAGGUUUGUAUUUGGAAAAUUAUAAUGCCUGGCCAUCCCACUGGGGGAGUCGUAUUGCAAAGGAUGAAUUGAUGAGUACGUACAUUGGUGAACCUACCGGCAUGUAUUACACUGCAUUGACACUUGCAACAUUCCAUGAAAUGCCCUUCUACAGCGCAAAUUUCUCCAUGGCAGAACCGAUGAGUUGGGGGAAUGAAUCUCUAUGUGAGUUUCUUAAAGGUAAAAAAAAGGAAGAAAUGUUGAACAGUCACCCCAACAUGUUCUGCAAGAAAGAAGAGAAGAAGGAGAUCCUACAGUGUACCUCUGACCGUUUUGCCCUUGGUAUGUGUUUAACAAAGAAAAGCAGCCUGGAUGUACCGCCUGCGGGAUACCAAUAUUUCAGCGAUAUAAGUGUUGAGUGGGACGGCGACUUGAUGGAUGGUUAUCCAAUCAUUAAACCCUUGAUAGGUACUGCCUGUGAGGACGGUAAUGAGACUCUGUUGUCUGGCAGUCUUUUCGGACGAGAUUCACGGUGUUUAAAAGCAGAUGGUUUGAAACUCAAGGAUUCAAACGGCACCCCCCUUAACAUUGCUGGUGUUUGUGCGAAGGUGAAAUGUGAUAAUGAGAAGAAGAAAGUGAGUGUACAACUCAAGGGUUAUGAAGAAAAUAAGGAGGAGUGGCAUGAUUGUGAAAACGAUGACAAAGCAACUGUUAAACUGGACGGUUCAGUGUUCAGUGGGGGAACUAUUGAGUGUCCCAAAUACGAAGAAGUGUGCACAGGGAUGCCGAAAACCAAUUCCCUAAAAAUUAAGUAUUACAGUGGCACACAAGAUCUUGAGGCGCGCGAGGUUGUAGUGAAUGACGACGAUGAAAAAAAAGAAGAAGUAGUCAAAGAUCCGAAUCACAACGAAAACGGAGAGACAAACGAGGAAGAGCCGCCUGCAUCUCCCCCAACUGUUCCUGGCGAUGUUGUGGAGGAAAACGAAGAGGUGCCCCCUGAAAAUGACAACAAUGGAACAGAGACGGGGAAGGAACCAGGUACUCCAGAAGUGCCACCCACUACAAACGGAGAGACGAUGGAAGAAGAGGAGGUGAAAGAGGAGGAUGAGGAGAAGGAAAAUGAGAAGAACGAGACUGAUGUGGUGCCCAGUGGCAAUGGAACGACAACGGAAGAGGGCAGUGGGAAACAGCCCACAGACACAACAACCGGUCCCAGUGAUGAAUCUCAUGAAGAGGUCAACAACAAUUCUAGUGCAAGUGAAGUUCCACCAAACACCGAAGAUUCACCGCAAGAAAAACCAUCGCAAGGCGAGAAUUCACCGGAGGCUGAAAUUCCAUCGGAAGAGAUAGAAUCAUCAAAGCCAGAAUCCCCUGAUAAGAACGACACAACUAAUAUUGAAAAUGGACAAGAUGAUAAUAACACGGGGAACGACUCAACUGACGGUAAUGUGGAAAAUACCAACACCCCUACAGGUGUCAAUACUGGGGGGAACGCUGACAAGAGCAUCGCUCUCUCGUUCUUUGAACCUCUUAUGCUUCUCGUGUGUGUUGUUGCUGCGGUGGUAGCCCUGUGA